AUGAGUCGCCUCAGCGUCUUGAUGAGAAGCCUUCUCUUUUUAGUCACUCUUUUCGCAUGUCUUGCAACAACUGUAUCGGGCCACCAGCAUUCACAUCACAACCAUGCUCACCUUCAUGCUCGCACCGACAACAAAAACUCCAGUGCCGCGAAUAUUGUAGAGGAAGCACUCGCUGCUCUGAAGCUUCUCAAUAAGGCUCGAGUCGAGAAUCCGCACUUUAACAAGUAUGAGUUCCAUUCUGGCUCCAAGACACCGAGACUUGCCCCGGCUUUAGAUGCGCCUGCCGUGAUCAGCAAUGAUACUACGCUGAGAAGGCGUCAAAACCAGGACAACAGCAGUGCCGAGAUCUCCGCCCCUAAUUUCUCUAUCUCUCCUGAGCUAGCCGAGGCUGCCAAAGUUCUCGCAGAGUCUACGCCUCAAGUUCCUAAGGGAAACCACAGCGAGGUGGCCAAGGCCAUAAGAGAGAAGUAUGCACACAAGACAAAUGACACCAAUACUCCAGAGUCUCUCAGAACUCCUGAAGGGCGACUCUCUGUGUAUGGAGAUGACAAUAUCAACAAGCGAGCCGAGGAGUGGUGGAUGAUCAGCAUGGGCUCAUCCGGGGCCAGUCCCUUCGCUCCAAGCGGCUACAAAGUUUGGCGAAACGUCAAAGAUUACGGCGCAAAAGGCGAUGGCGUGACAGAUGAUACAGAUGCUAUCAACAAAGCCGUUAGCGACGGCGUCAGAUGCGGUCCUGAUUGUGGCUCCAGCACUAUAUAUCCUGCUGUCGUUUACUUCCCUCCAGGAACGUAUCUGGUCAGCAGUCCGAUCGUCCAAUACUUCAACACAGAGUUUCUCGGCAAUCCUCUCGAUGUACCAACUCUGCUGGCUGCGUCAAGUUUCGUGGGUCAAGGUGUCAUCAAGAGUGAUGUCUAUAUCAGUGAUGACGAGGAGUGGUACUUGAACACUGCGAAUUUCCUCCGAAGUAUCAAGAACUUCAAGAUCGACAUCAGGCCCGCAUCUUCAUGGACUUACAUGUGCGGUAUUCACUGGCAAGUCGCACAAGCGACAUCGCUAGAGAACAUCGAGUUCUAUAUGCAAUUUGAGUCAGAUGUUCCCGGCAACAACCAACAGGCCGGAGGUCCAAAGUCGACUGGACAAGGAGUGGGAUCACUCAUUCUCGUGGACUCCAUCAUCGCAAACACCCCCAAGGGCAUCGUCACAACGCUCUACGCCGAGAACUCUACCUCAUUCUUGCUGCAGAAUGUUGGAUUCUUUAACACUAUAACGGCAAUCACUGACAACGAGACUGGAAAUAUCCUUCUCAACGGCGGCAAUUCUGUCGUUGUCGAUAGCUGGGGUUUUGGUCGCAUUACCAAUGCUACGACGGGUGCUGGGCAAACAUCCUUUGUCAAUGGCGAACACAUCGCUGUCAUGGAGCGCAACGAGGGCUUGUUGGGCGAUGCCUAUGACAACCUGAAGCCAAAUCUUUUCACCAGAAGACGGCCCAAGUAUCAGGAUGUUCUCUCUAGCAAGGUCAUGAAUGUCAAGACACUUGGUGCCAAGGGCGAUGGCAAGACCGACGACACGAGCGCGCUCAAUUCAAUCCUACAGGGUGCUGCGAAUACCUCUUCCGUUGUGUUCUUCCCAUACGGUGUCUACCUUGUGACGGACACUCUUCGCGUACCCGUCGGCUCCCGCAUCAUCGGACAGGUUUGGCCCCAGAUCAUGGGUACGGGAGACAAGUUCUCCGAUGAGACCCAGCCAAGAGCCGUGGUUGAGGUUGGCAAAGUGGAAGAUGUUGGCAUUGUAGAAAUCACGAGCAUGAUGGUUACCGUCAAGGGGCCAACUGCGGGCGCCGUCACCAUCGAAUGGAAUGUGGCUGAAUCGAGUACUGGAUCUGCUGGCAUGUGGGAUACGCACGUCCGCAUUGGUGGUGCAGCGGGUAGUGAUCUAUCCACCGCAAACUGCCCCAAGGACUCCGGGAUCGUCAACUCAAGGUGCAAGGCUGCUUCUCUUCUGAUGCACUUGAAGCCCAAAUCAACAGCCUAUCUCGAGAACGUUUGGCUCUGGACUGCAGAUCAUGACCUUGACAAGAUCACUCUUGAUCAAGUCGACAUCUAUGCCGGCCGUGGUCUCCUCGUUGAAAGCGAAAAGGCUUGGCUCUGGGGCACUUCGGUAGAGCACAAUGUCUUGUACCAGUAUCAGUUCUCCAACGCCAAGAACGUGGUCAUGGGAAUGAUCCAGACGGAGUCCCCCUACUUUCAACCCGUCCCUAAAGCACCCACCCCGUUCACGACUGGCUUGUUCCCCAACGACCCGACAUUCAGUGGCUGUGUAGCUUCUUCCUCCGCAACAUGCGCCGUCUCUUGGGCAGUCCGAAUCAUCGACUCUUCAUCCAUCUACAUGCUCGGUGCCGGGCUCUACAGCUGGUUCAUCGACUACAGUCAGGACUGUUUGGACACAGAGAACUGCCAAGAGCGCGCUAUGGAAGUUCAGCAAAGCAAAGACAUCUGGAUUUACAACCUCUGUACCAAAGCUAUCGUUGAGAUGGUCUCGCCUCUGGGCAGCGUCCCGACAUAUGCCAAAGACAAUGUCAACGGGUUUUUGGCCUCCGUCUUGGCCUGGCUUCAAGGCUCAACUGAAGUAGCAGGUGAGCGCGAGUUUGAAGGUUAUCGUGUAUGGACCAACGGAAUGCUGGAACAGCUUUACGGACUCGUCCUGCCAGAGACCUGCAGCAGUGCAUUGACAGAAAUCAUUGCAUGUGAUAACCGCACUGAGGAUUAUCAAGGGCCUGGUAUUCGCAGCUGGCUCGGGAACGUCAACGAUACCGACAGCGUGUGCGCCGAGUCUUGUGGAAAGAGCCUGAAGACUUGGUUUGAUAGUGUUUCCAUCGCUUGCGCAGGAUACGAAGUCAACGAUGCGCUGCCGACUCUUCUCGGAGGUCGUAUCUGGGAUGGAUGGAACCAGACUUGUUUGAAGGAUACCGACAGCGGCAAAUACUGCGGUGAGGUCAUAGACGGCUUCACUACCGUCUCUACCAUUGAAGAGAUGCCCAAGGACGAGCUUUGCUCUUUCUGCUGGGUGGAGCACUACGCCAUCCCUCAACGUUCACGGUACUCCAAGUACGACUCCUUUAUCCAAUCCCAAUAUGAGUACACGAUCACCGAGUGCGGUAAAGCUGGUGUCAACACGACCAUACCCGAGACACCACUCAUCAUUGAAGACCCGGUAACUUACUGUCAGACUGACAAAUGGUACACUACGGUUGAGGGGGACACAUGCGACUCAAUAGCCCAGUCAAACAGCGUUUCUUCAUCAACACUCUACUUCGAGAACCCAGAGACGAUAUUCGACUGCUUCAAUAUCGAAGCAGGCUCCAAGCUAUGCAUUCCGCCACCCUGCACUCUCACAUGGGUCAUCCAGCCCAGUGACACCUGCGCCUCAAUCGAGUACAACCUCACCAUGACAACCGCUACGCCGGUGCUCGGCAACACUCAGAAGUACAAUCGAUGGGUGGACAAGAACUGCGAAAACCUACACAUUGCCAGCGCCGCCACCUUUGGCCACGUUCUUUGCAUGUCCCCGCCGGACGGCGCCUACGCUGGCAACGACACCGUCAGCGGGGAUACGACCACGCCUACCAACGCGCCGGGAUACAGUGAAGAAAUCAUCGAUCCGCCUGCGGGAGCAACAGUCGCAGACGGCACGACUGUGUACUGUGGCUCGUGGCAUGUUGCGGCUGUCAACGAUACCUGCAGCACCAUAGCCUUCAGCAGUGGCACGACGAUCACUCUUUUCCUGGAGGUCAACCCCUCUCUCGGAACUGAGAUUGCGGGUUGCACCGAGAAGUUGGUCCAAGGAGAUGCGUACUGCGGAUUGCCUUUCGUUGUUUGGGAUGAACUUGAUGGCUCAUGGUGA